CAAAGAUUCAGGUUUUUGGUUCUCUUGGUUUGAUUCAGGCCAAUAUUUUCCAUUGAUAUUUUGUAAGCAAAAUACAAGAAGACUUUGAAUACUUCUUAAUACACAGCAGUGGUAGAAGAAAUUGAUUGUUACACUCAGAGAAGUUUAUCUCAACAUUCCCAAAGCUCUGGGGUGCUUUAAGGCCCCGGGCUCCAGCAGGGCUGUGCAUCCUGCCAGCACAUCCAGCAUCCGUGUCUGCGCGUGCUAGCCAUUCCCAGGCCCUUUGUCUCCUCGCCUGGAUGAUACUGCUGCCAUGGUGAAAAACAGAGAGAAAGAACAACAGGAUAUUGUCCCGUUCUGGUCUGGGUGCCAACUGUGACAAAAUGUUGUUUUCUCCUUGCUUCAGAGAUUCUUGUUGGCUUUUACUUGUCUUGGGUGAGCCUGGAAACAUUAAGAUGUUUUUGAAAUUCGUCUAGUUAGUGUGGAAACCUUGAGUCUCUGGGAGCAAGGUGGUGUCCCAUGCCCUGACACAAACAUUCCUGUCCUGGGGGAUGAUUCUCUGAGUCAUGCAGAGGAAAAGAAGCGUUCUGAUGUAAAAGACAACAGGAAGGCGUUCAGCACGCUGUGUGCCAGCAGGACACCUGCAGAGCUGCCGCAGGGGUGGAAGUGAGCCACAGGCUGCAUGGGGAGCGCUGAGAAAACUGCACGGCUGCACAAAUCUGACGCCAAAGCAGGGCUCUAUUUUUGGUCUCCGCUCUGCGUUCCUGACACCUGUAGGGACGCGUGAAGUGCACAGGAGACUUGUGCAGCACCUCCCGGAGCGGAGGAGCCGCCGCAGGGCAUGGGAGCGCAGCGGAGCGUUCUUGCUUAGCCAACAGGACUAAUUAUAACCCAGGAAUAUGAACUGUAAAUGUGCUGAAGCUGCCAAGACGGGAGCCGGGUGUGUGCCAGCGCUUGAAUGAGGACACACCAUCCUGUCAGGACUCUCCGGGAGCAGCAGGCAGCGCCGAGGUACGCACGGAGCCCCACGGAGGGAGAUGGACGCGCGGGUACGGCAGGAGGACGGGAUACUUAUCAGAUGCAUUCUGUGAUCUCUACCAGUGAACCUGCACAAGCAAUUCCUUUCUAAGCUCACCCGAGGAACUGCACUUGUCCUUGUAUCACUCGAACUCCCAGAGAAUUACAAUUAACAAGACCUUUUUACCUACUGAGAAAUAUAAUGACUGAGUUCCUGGUUUGUUUUAAUUGGUGCAAUGGUGAACAGCCCCCACCGAAGAGGCGCCGGAGACUGGACCGGAAUAUGAUAGGAGAGCCAAUGAACUUUGUGCACACCGCGCACGUCGGGGCCAGAGAGAUGAGCAGUGACUAUUCCUCAGCUGUGUCAAUUCAGGACCACAUGAAGUCUAAAGGUGGCUACACAAAUGGCACUUCUGCAACUGUUGAAAUAUAGGAAACUGAGAGAAGGCUGAAAUCUGCUCUGUCUUGAGAGGACCCCUUGGACUGGACUGUGCUUUCAUAUUCUCUAAAACCUUGUUAUCAUGGAGUAGGGAGAGUACCUGAAUUAAAAAUAGGUCAGUACAAGCUUUGGUGUUCUUUGCACAAUAUCUUCUGAAGGAAUUAUUGUAAAUUAUCCUCAAAAUGGUCUUUCAUGGUAGUGUUGUAGUAACAACUGUAAUUUGUCACUGCAGAUGACUUCCUAGCUGUGUCCCAAAAGCUUCUCAAAGAUGACAUAUAAGAUGGGAUUGGAAGUCAGUAUGAAUUGUCUGGGAUUUUGGCAUCUGUCUUUUUCUCCUCUCAGGAAACACAGAGGAUAUUUAAUUGGAAAGUUUUGCAUGAUUUCACUUCUUACAUGGGCUAAACUGAGUUGCUAAGUACGACCUUGUAGCUGUCAGAUAACUUUGGACCUGUUUUUUAGAUGCUUUACAACCUAAUGCAUAAAUCUUUGGUAUUUUUAAAUGCCUUUUGGUAGUGAAGGAACUCUUAUGUAGGAUAGUUAGCUGAGUCUGCAAAACACAGUGAAACUUCUGCCUUGCUGAGAUAACACUUUUGUAUCUAAAAAUGGAGCUGUUGCAAACAUUCUGACUCUCAAAUGAGACUUAGAGCAAGAGAUGUGUCCCUCAGUGACUGGGCUGCCUCCCAUCAAUGCACACACACUGCUGUGACUGGCAGCUAUUACUGCAACACAGCUAAUUGUACCUACCAGUUAACUUCCAGUGGUGCUACAAUAUGCUCACACCUGUGUGUUAGUUUUGCUUGAUUACCAUUGAAUUUUAAACGAAACAUGUUUAAGAUCCCUCUCUUUGUUACCUCUCUGUAACAGUAACCACACAGGACUUCAAGGGAUAUCUCGCCUGUCCUUCUGGCUCCUUAAUUUCAAGACUCUCUGUUUUAUAUGAAAUUAAUCUUUUCUUACAUGUGGUGUAAGUGAUAUGGCCAUGUGAAGGACACACAUUUAAAGAAUGUUGUGAAAAGUUGCAGGAGUGUAUUAAAUGGAAACAGCAUUUUGCAGAGUUCCAGCACUUCAUAAAUAUUUAAAUAAAUAUCCAUAAAUAUUUAGACAUACUCAAACUACAGUUUAUUACUUAGUUCUUAUUCAUCUUUCUAUUAAGUGAUAUGACAAAACUGCUGAAGCAGAACUGGGUUUUUCUCUUACUCAAUCACUGACAAUUGUUCCCCAGCUCAAAAUUCUGUAUGACUACCACUGUAGAAACAGGAAAUCUGCUUGCUCUCAUGGGAUUAACUAAUUACAAGUAUUUAAAUUGCUGCCAUAUCAGCACAAGUUAUGCUGGAAGUCAGCAAACUCUGCCCUUGCUCUCAGCAGAAGAUCAGUUAUAAACAUUUUUCCAUUUAAAAAAUUAUAGCUGGCAAUUCCUUUAACUUGUAUGAUUUAUGUUUGUAGUUGUGAUACUUCUUAAAUCUAGGCUGCUGGCUUUGGUGAAUUGUUAGGCUGCCUUUUCUGAGUAUACUAGGGAACUUAAAACAUGAAUGGUAGCUCUGUGUUUCUGUAUAUGUUCAAAAAAGCAGCUUUCCCCUCCCCCAUAUUUUAUCUUGUAGGUCCAAAAAGGAAGAGGGAGUAUCACUUUCUGUAACAGUCAACAGCUGAUCAUAACAUUCUGUAACCACAUAAGAGGAAUCUAAUAUCCAUGUCUUGCUAGUUCUUUACUCUUGAAUUAGAAUGCACACCAAAUUUUAAUAUAUUUUAAAAUUAGCAUAGGUAACUGUACAUUUAGCUUUUUCAAGUCCUUUACAUUUCUGUCUUCUAACUUGAGAUUUACUCUAACAGCCUAGUUAAGAUACAGAGUUUAAAGAAGCUAAUUCCUGUAUAGUGUUGAGGAAGCAGAAAGUGGCCAAGUUGUUUGAAAGAAUAGAUUCUAAUUCAUCUGCUAUUAUACAGAGUUAAUGCAUUCAGUCAUCUAUACCUGCCCAGAAAAAGUGGUGAUAGGGCAGUUGUCAUGAAGAAAACGGGCUGUGUUUUGUUAACGUUGUAAGAAAAGACAUUGAACAGGAGUUAGGGUUUCUUGAAGACCCAUUCAGUAGAUUUAAAAGUAGUGGUAUAACUAGAAAUAAAGGAGUUGGUGGAUAUUUCAGUUCUUCUCUCUAAAAAGAAAUGAACAGAAAAUUUGUUAUUAAACAUUUAUUUAGAGAAAAAUCCUAGUUUUGAUCAUGUAAACCAAGCAGCACUAUCUGGUGUGAAACUAAUCUAUUUUCAUCAGACUAUAUAGUAUUAUAUAGGACCAUAAUAAAGCGCAACAUCAUUAAAAAUAAUUGUUUUGCUAUUACAUUACUUUUAAAAAUCUAACAAACAUAACACAUGUCUUAGGGCUUAGGUAUUUUUUGUUCUAUAUUUAGAAACCUUAUGUACCUGUAAUCUGUCAUGUAACUCAGUAUGAGCCUAUCUUAGUUAUAAUAAAUAUGUUGAACUGGGCACUUGCACUCUUUUCAUAUUGUGGGAAAUCUUGAUACUUUCUCUGCACUGAAAACCUGUUGGUUAAGUGGAUGGAUCAGCAUGGCUUGAACUUUUGUUGCACAGAAUGAAAUUUCUCCACUAGAGAGCACAAUUUUACAUCAAGUCUUCUCUGUUUUAUGCAAGCUCUUACUCCAUUGUGGGGUUUGGUGGUUUUUUGAGCUUGACUGAAAUAAAAUACAGAAAUAGUACCAAUUGAUCAAACUUUUUAAUCUACAUUGUAGGCUGAAGCCUUACAUCAAGACAAUCAAGAAACAUUGCAGCUCUGACAUGUUGCUAUUUUAUGGUUUCUUUUUUUAGUCAGAAGUAAAAUAACUUGCAAGUAGAGCAGGAUCAACCAGUUUUUAUGUAGUCUGGCAGAGUCUUAGCACUGUUUGCUUCCCUGGGAAAAAGAAUUUGGGAUGGGGAGGUAUUUUCAAUUCUUGCUGUCUUAUCCCUUGAUGUUCCUGCUAGGCUUCACUGACUGUUCCAUAAUACACCUGUGGUCAGUGUAUAGAAAAGGUAUUUGUCUUUUUCACAGCCUAAUAUGUCUUUUUUAUCUCCUGCAGAGCAGCUUUAUACAAUUAUAGGGUGUCAAUGCUAUGCUCCAAGUUGCCUGUGAUAUGAUAACUUGCAACCCACACACAUGGUACUAUUCCUUUGUAUGCUCUUGCCAUAUUGGACUACCAGGUGCUGUUACAGCUUCCACUCUGUAGAGACAAAAAAUGUUAAGAGAUUAAUAAAUACCCUUAAUCUUACUAUGCCAGUUAUAAUAAGCACAAUUCAACAGUGUUAAAUUCCAUGUUCAUGACAUUCAUUAUAUGUUACUGGAAAAAGAAACUCCAGUCUGUCAAUGAAAGAUGAUUAAAUGGCUGCUCCUGA